AUGGCUCCCGCGUUCACUAGCCUCCUCCCCGCCGCAACCUCCGCCGCCGCGACCGCCUCGCGGCUCCCCUCGGCCGCCGCCGGAGCGGCAUCCGCCUUCGUGCGUCUCCCGCAUCACCCGACGGGCUGGGCUGGGGCCUCCGUCGAGGCGCCGCGUACGGCGGCGCGCAGGCGGGCGCCCGGCGUCGCCUACGCCACCGCCGCCACCGACAAGAGCAUCUACGACUACACCGUUAAGGACAUUGAUGGAAAAGAUGUUCCUCUUAAAAAGUUCAAGAAUAAGGUGUUGUUGAUUGUUAACGUUGCUUCUCAAUGUGGGUUGACAACAGCAAAUUACACUGAACUAUCUCAUAUCUAUGAGAAGUACAAGACUCAAGGGUUUGAGAUUCUGGCAUUUCCUUGCAAUCAAUUUGGUGCACAAGAACCUGGAUCAAAUACUCAGAUUAAGCAGUUUGCAUGUACAAGAUUCAAAGCUGAAUUUCCUAUUUUUGACAAGGUUGAUGUCAAUGGACCUAAUACAGCUCCCAUCUAUAAAUUUCUGAAGUCCAGUGCUGGAGGAUUUUUGGGUGAUCUAGUCAAGUGGAAUUUUGAGAAGUUCUUAGUGGACAAGAAUGGCAAAGUUAUUGAGAGAUAUCCACCAACAACUUCACCAUUCCAGAUUGAGAAGGACAUCCAGAAACUCCUUGCGGCAUAA